AUGUACAUAAACUUCAAAUCAAAGACAAAACUAUCGAUCGCUGUGUGUGUGAGGCUACUUCAAAUAUUACCCCUUCCGUGGUUUCUCUAUACGUUGAUUUUCGGCACCGUUACCGUCAACUCCAAGGGAAUGAUAUGUUCAGUGAUUCUACUCUUUCUAAUGUUAAUGUUUGUUAUUCUGACGAUUGCUUUAUUCAAAUGGAGCCUCAAUAUAGGAAUGGCUAUUGUUAUGUUUAUUCUAUAUAGCUUUGAGACCAUUGAAUACAAUACUGAAUAUAUAAAGCAAUAA